AUGGGAGGUGUUACCGUUCGUGAUGUGGAUGCGCAAAAGUUCAUCGCGGCAUACUCCGCUUUCCUGAAGAGACAAGGCAAAUUGCCAAUUCCAGGAUGGGUCGAUACUGUUAAGACAUCAAAAGGCAAGGAGCUUCCUCCUCAAUCUAUCGACUGGUACUACGUUCGCGCUGCUUCCGUUGCCCGGCACAUCUACCUCCGCAAGACUGUCGGUGUUGGCCGUCUACGGAAAGUCCACGGGGGUCAGAAGAACCGUGGCUCCCGUCCCUCCCAUCAUGUCGAUGCUAGCGGUUCCGUGGACCGGAAAGUAAUCCAAUCGCUGGAGAAGAUUGGCGUGCUCGAACUCGAUGAGGAGAAAGGUGGACGGAGAAUUACCCAGAGUGGCCAGCGGGAUUUGGACCGCAUUGCCAAGACGACGGUCGAUGAGGAGGAGGAUGAGGAAUAG